AUGUGCCGGAGGACGUGGGGGAUUGCUUUACUCGAUUUACGUAUGCUUCGGCGCGCGCUCCACGCAUGGGUGAUCCGUGGCCUAGUCUUGGCCGCGGCACCUGAAGGCCAGAAAGGCUGGGAAGGGCUGGGACCCAGGGUGAUGCUGAGCGUCAUCACACGGAACCGUUUCUGGCGGCACGCGCUGUCCACCUUGUCUUUGCGGAGCUCGGUGGAGAAUGCACAGCAGGAGCUUCCCGACCUUUACCUCGAGUGGCACCUGAUCGAUGAUGCAAGCAGCGGAAGCAAGUCUUCAGAGAAGCAGUCCAUGAUCCAGGAAUUGGUUGAAGCAGGGCAGAUUAGAAAUUUUACAAGGAUGUCCCGACACCUGGGAACUGUUCGAGUCCUGGCUUUGGCUGUUGAAACGUUUCUCAGCAGAGCUGACCUUGACUUUUUUCUUCACUGCGACGACGACAUCUUGAUGGGCCGGACAACAGUCGUGCGUGCCCUCAGGGACUAUAUGACUGAUAUAUCCAACGGUGGGAUUUUGGCGCUCUUUGUGAACUCCUGGCUGGAUGACCAGCUAUCGCAUGCAGAUCCAGCGUUUGGACCGUAUGCGGUGGCCCCCUUCCUCGGUGGUGCUGCUUACAUCGUAGAUCGAAAGACUCUGACUGUGACCGGAAAUCCCUGGGCACAAGCGAUUGCCAGCAACAGUCGAAUUACACCCCACGAGGCACAUGUUUACUGGCUCAGGCAGUUGUUGCCAUCCCGGGGUCAACAGAUAUGGGUGAGAUGGAAGCAACCUUACGAGUGUCAGCACUUGGGGAACGUGAAUACAUUGAACUUUGGGAAGCAGCCUGAGUGGGAGCCCAUGUGGGCUAUCGACCACGAGUCGAAGCGUAUCGUGGAAGUUCCCGGCUACAAAUCUGCUGAUGUUCGUGCUGCGCUUUGGAAUGACCGCAAGCUUUUGCCGGACUAUGUUGCUUUCCAGAAUGCCAAGAUGCGAAAUCCAUUAAAACAGCUUCCAUCCACCGCAACAUCCGGCGCAUGGUCUCCCUGGGCCUACCGCAGGCGUCACCUCAACUACUUAGAGAUUGGAACAGCUGACUUCGACACACUGCUGUCUCGGCAUGUUUGGCGGGAGGACGUCCGUGGAAUCUCUGUCGAGCCGUUGAGGAUCUACUUCGACAGGCUGCCAUCUCAUGGAGGUGCUAACAAGCUCCUGCUAAACGUGGCCGUGAGUGACUACGACGGUUUCGACACGCUCUACUUCGUUCAGCCUGAGCUGGUCGGGCCGCACCGCGGGUCUGAGAACCUGUGUGACCAGGCGCAGGUGUCAAGGCUGGGCCUCGACGAGUGCCUUCCAGGAUGGGUCCGGGGCACCUCCUCUCUGAAGAGACCACCUGAGGGUGUCCGGCAGUUGCUGGGCAAGCGGGCCAUGGAUGUGAUGGGAAGGGUGCAGGUUCCUUGCAUGACCUACGAGACCUUGCUUACGGUGUAUGGCAUCGGUUCCCUGGAUAUACUGAAGAUAGAUGCCGAAGGCUUCGAUGCCAAGAUCUUGCGUCAGGUUCUCGAGCUUGGCCGCAAGCGGGGUCUCUGGCCGUGGCAGGUUCAAUUUGAGAAGAACAUUCUGUCGGACUGGGAGAUGUUGGAUGCGCAGGUGAUCGAACUCCACCGGGAAGGGUACCGCUGCUUUGACUCAGAGCCGCUGGACGAUGCCAUGGAGCUGCGGACCUUGCACCGGGACGAUGUGGCCGGCCCUCCACCUGAUCCGCCUUUACCAGUCGCAGAAAUCGCCGCAGCAGACGGUCUGGAAGCCGAACCAGAAGGCCUCGCGCUGCGGCAGAGUGGGCAAGCUCCUUCAUCAGGCGAGGGUCAGUUUGAGGCUUCAGCUUCUCCAAGAGGUGAUGUCGCUUCAGCCACCACCCGGAUGGAUGGCGAGGCCAUGUUGGGUCUCCGGACUCCGGACCUCAGAGAUCGUGCCCUGGCCGAGGAGCUGGAGGCCGAGUGCGAGGUUCUGGAAGCGGCGGCGCAGUCCUUGAAGCUCUCGCGGGGGAUCCCAGGUGACCGG